UCUGGCUGCUGUUGCUGCGAGACCACUGCAUUAGCCAAACUUUUUUUUUUUUACCAAUCCAUCCAUCACCACCGAACCCACAAUCUAAACCCCGUCACCCAGGCUUUUUUUCUUUCCCUUUCCUCCUUCCUUUCCCUUCGCUUUUCCUCUCUCUUCACAAAAAACGGAUUAUUCGCUACCUCUCUCGCCCACCGCCGGUCCUCCCCGUCCUCCUAUUAUCCUUCGUGUUUCCCGUUUUAUAUACAAUUUUUUUUUUGUUCAUUUUCAUACCCUUUCUCUGGUCGACUCUUCUUACUUUCCCGCUUCUCUUCGCUACUUAUCCAUCAUUUGUUCCGGGGUGUUUGAUCUCCGGUUGCAAUUGCCGUCAUUGUCGAGACUCCUAAUCGAUACGACAAAGAUACGGCGUGCCCGCUAAUAUACCCUAGCGAAUACUUACACCCAAACACGCUUUGAAAGUCGUGUCGUCUCUUCUCAAUCCUUUUCCAAUCCUCCUUCGACAAACUCGAGGGAAGUGUGUGUGUGUGUGUUUAAAGAGUCGCCUUCACACUUCAACAAAGACUUCUCGACAAUGGCCACUACCUUGGGUCUGACCAGUGGCAUUCAUCAUGUCCUUCCACAGAAACCGACUUUCGACGUCACUUCUUCCUCCAACAUCUCCGAUGCCAUGGGUGACAACGACAUGCUUACAUCCGAUGGUGACAACUCGACACUCGAAUCGCUCACUUACGCAUUCUCAAUUCCUUUCUCCUUUAUACCGGGUCCGGAUCCAGAUCAAAUAGUUUUAGCCACCGCCCAAGCGAGGGAGCGAUGGCUGCAUCCGCCCGACUCGCCCCCCAACCUUCCGACAAGCAGGCUUCCUGUGCACCAGAGGAGCAUCAACGAUGUCCAGGAGUUGUGCAAGAGAUUGUCUCCGGGGCUGGUAGCCAGGACGACGGUCUCCGUGACGGAAUUGACGGCUGAGAAUGCCUUGAGGAAAAAGCCGACAACUUCUGUGGGAUUGUGGAUCGCGGGGGAGCCUGCUGAGGUUCAUAAGACUCGGGGUUUCAUUCUGCAGAGCGUGCCGGUUGCGAUGGUAGGUGGUUCACUCGACCGAUCGUUGUCAUGGCAGGUUUUGGGGUGCGGUUGCUAAUAAUUUUCUCCUGGUAGCGGAGGUCUUGUGUCAACAUUGACCACGAUCAGUACUACAUUUCGGAGGGCGUGCCAAAUCCACGGAUCACGGUUCAUUUGGAGAGGAUUGCUCAGUUUACGGGAACGGACAUAUUUGUCCUGAAGCCUCCCGAACCGACCUCGAUCGUCGCGGUGGACCAGGGCUCCGAGGCUAGUCAAAACAGGAGGUUGAAGAUCAGCAUUUUCGGAGACUAUGAGAGCGUCGAGCAUGCCAAGACUAGGGUUCUGAUCAUGAUUGAUGAUUUGGUGAGUUUGGUUUUGCUACCGUGGUGGUUGUUUCAUUUCCACUAUCGUCCGAAGUUGUCUAACUCAUGCACCCUUCUAGCUGGGACAAAAAAUCGUCCCUAUGCUCAUAGAGCUGUCCCUUCAGAGCAUUAUUUGCGGUCGUGCGCGCAAAAAUGUCAAAUUGAUUGAAUCUGCCACGAGGACCGCCAUCUACUUUCCUCCUCCAUUUCCCCAAGUAUACGGGUAUUCACCCCCGGGUGGCACCCGGCGCGAUCCCGACCAGGUAUUCAUCGCCGGCAGCUCCCGUGAAGACAUCGCCAAAGCGGAGAGAAUGCUUCUCAACUUGGUAACUUCCGUAUAAUCUUCCCGGGAUUGACAGGCAGACCUCAGGACUAACUGUUUGUUUAGGCUGUGAACAUGAGGAUAUUCGUCAAGGACGUUUCUGUAACGCUUACCAAGAUUGACUAUAUCCUUCUUCAGAGAUUAGAUGAUGUGAAGAAAAUCAUGGAUGCAAAUGGGACGUUUGUCCAAUUUCCCCUUCUGGGAUCUCCGGCCAGCUUGAUUCGCGUACAGGGCACCGAGACUCUCCACCUGGAGCGCACGAUCAAGGCGAUUAUGGUCAUUUGUGGACAGUAUUACAAUGCCUCAUGGUGGGUUAUGGAUUCGCCAAUUGCUCGCUUGUUGCCCAAGCCCCUCGAGGUGCAGAAGCUCCUGAUCGACGUGGCAGCCUUCACGGGUGUUUCGAUCGCUUUCAACAAACAAGUAUUCGAAUUCAGCGGAUCGGAUGAGAAUGUCAAGGCGGCAAUGCACAUGUUGAGCGAUGUUCCUUUCGUGAAGGAGAACCCAUAUCAGAUCCGGGUAAAGAUUGAGCUGGCGAACGAGCACAAGGAGUUUGUUUCUGGCAAAAAGAAUGGAAAGAUCAACAAGAUUAUGAGCCAGUCAAACAUCCAAAUCAUCUUUGACACUUUCAAUGAGUACAAUUUCUUUAUCGAUGUUUGUGGUGGAAAGUUCGACACCACCAUGUUGGGGUUAAAGUUGGUUGAGCAGGAGCUACCGGCAGCUGUCUCCUUCCAUGUUCCGGACUCUUACCAUAAGCGAAUUAUUGGCAUCGGUGGACAGCAUAUCCAGAGGAUAAUGAAAAAAUACUCUGUAUUCGUCAAGUUCUCGAAUGCUAUGGAGAGGGGGACAAGUGGAAGGUCGGAGUCCGAUGGCUCAAAGGUGGACAACGUCAUCUGUAGGACGCCGGCUAGAAACGCGGCCAACCUUGAGCUGGUCAAAUCAGAAAUUAUGGGCAUGGUACAGCGCGCGGAUGCUGAUAUCGUACAGGAGCAUGUUGACAUCCCGAGACUGCUGCAUCGUACUCUGAUGGCGAAUCGCAAGGUCCUAGAUGAUUUGGAGCACAAGUGGGGAUGUACAAUCAUAUUUCCGAGUACGGAAAUGGCGAGUGACAUCGUGACCAUCAAGGGGCCUCAAUGGCAGGUUCCUCAUGCGGUUCAUGAGGUCUUGGUAAGUGCUCCCGUGACUAGUCGAUCAUUUGCGCCCCUGACUAUUUUUGCAGGCCCUUGUUCCGGAAACACAUAUAAUCCGCUUGAAGAGUUCCCCGGAGCUGGAAGAACUUUUGCAGCAAGAUGAGUUCAAAAAGAACAUCGCCGAUCGAAUGGACACACAGUUCGGGAUUCGGCCUCAGCCAUCGAUUGACUAUGCUAGCGAGUCCCCCGGUGGUAGGAGGUCCGGUAGUGGAGACGAUUAUGUGGAAAUCACUUUCACUUACACCCGUGACAAUGCUGGAGCUCUCCGAGAUGCUAUUGAAAUGUUGACGAACUUUCUUCUUUCUCACGGCAUCCAAACAGACUCGAUCAAGGGUACACUCCCUCGACCAAAGUCUGACUCAUUUGAGGAUUUUGUGCCAUUUUUCCAUUCAGCGGUGCUUCAAAAACCACCACAGUCUAGGGUUGGGAGCUCUAACGGGUCGGUAAGAAGACUUUCCGGAGACGGGGCAUCAAUAUUCGGCGAUCAGGCUUCGCACCCCGAGCCGGCUCAAUUCACUGAUACCACUGAAGCUGCAUUCUACGAUGGGGAUAGGAAAGCCUCGUUAUCUGAUGCGGGGCUUGUCAGGCCACCAGGGAGUUCCGGUUCCAUAAGCUCUACAAGGACCAGCUUUAGUCUCGGGAGGAAGGGCUCUACUGUUUGGGAGGGGGGGUUGGAGGCCACCGGGCUCCCCGAUGGGGAGGAAUGGACAAAGCUGGAGAGCGACAGAUCCAGGUCCAAUUCGGUGACCACGUAGCGUCGGUCGGAAUUUAUGGCUACUUUUUUUCUUUUUUUUUCGGUGUUGGUGGUUUACGCAUCAUCCCCUUUGGCCAAAUUUUAUGAUACCUGUCUUUCUUUCCUCUGAUAUCUCUCCCCUUCUACUUCUCCGGGCGGCCUCUCGUUUUCAAAGACCUUAUUAUAUACCUUUGAUGAUCCGGCUUUUAUCGUCUUGCGAGUAUUAGUCUCCCUUCUAGCACCUCAUUGGCAUUUACAUUGUUGGAGUUUUAGCAGAUUGGUUCUCUCCUCUUUCCACCCUUUGGGACUUGCAUUUUAUAUUCCUGCCACCUCCCGCGAUCGCUCUUCCCGAGUUUCCACCAUCCUCCUACCAAGUUACCUUACUUCAUUGUCAAUAUUGAGAAUUCCUUCUUCCCUUCGUUGUAUCUUUUUUUUUUUAUACUCGUCCCUUCCUCCACCCCCAUACCAAACUUUUGAGAAUGAAGCGAGUAUUAUUGCACGCUUCCUUCUUUCCUUCUUUCCUUUUGUCUAUUUUUUUCUGGUGGGCGUUUUAUCUGUUCUUUUGUUUAACAAAAGGGGAUCGGAGCACAAAAGAAUGGGGGAUGGACAGGGAAGGUGCGGAGCAUGGUUUUAUACGGUGGAGACCUCAUUUCUCUCAGUUCUUUUUUUCCCUUUCCUUCCAACUCUACUUUUGUAUUCGCCAUUGGCGAUUAUUUAUUUUAUUUUUACGGGAGGUGUAUAGUUUGCUGUACAGUACAGAGUUUUAGUUUUACUCGGUUGGCUAUAAUAGCUAUGGCGAAGAGAAGGGGGCUGUUUGUUGCGGUCUAUCUGGCAUAGUGGUUCAGUGAGUUGAGUCAUCGAACUUGUGUGGAUGGGGGUCAUUGUUUGGUGGAUAGCCAAUUAGGUUAUGACUUUGUCAGCGCUGCUGCAUUGGUUAAUUAGUUUUGCGUAUUAGUUCUGUGAGGUGUAUAGCUCUCUUCGCAAAUGAGUCACGUCGGACCAC